AUGAGUACUACUUCUUCUAUUUCGAAUGUUGUGAUUUCUCCAAGAAAGCUAAGAUCUGAUUUGUACUCGUACUCUUACCAAGAUGAUUCCAAUAUCCCACUAGUGGUUAGUGUUUUGGCUUCUCUUAUAGAGAGAAGCAUGGCUAGGAACCAAAGGAUUUCCAAGAACAUUUGUGGCAGCAAAUUGUACUACUUGUCCAAUGAUAUUCGGACUCGGAUUUUCGAUUGCAAUGAGACCCCGGACAUGACAAUUCAGUCCUACUUGGAGAGGAUUUUCAGAUACACAAGAGCGGGACCUUCAGUUUAUGUGGUUGCUUAUGUCUAUAUUGAUCGUUUUUGCCAGACAAAUCCUGGGUUUAGGAUUAAUGGAAGAAAUGUUCAUAGGCUUCUGGUUACAACAAUCAUGGUGGCUUCCAAAUAUGUUGAAGACAUGAAUUAUAGAAAUUCUUACUUUGCAAGAGUUGGGGGAUUAACAACAAAAGAAUUGAACAAAUUGGAGCUUGAGUUUUUGUUCUUGAUGGGUUUUAAGUUACACGUGAAUGUGAGUGUUUUUGAGAGCUACUGUUGUCAUUUGGAAAGAGAAGUUAGCAUUGGAGGAGGUUACCACAUAGAGAGGACACUAAGAUGCGCAGAGGAAAUCAAAUCUAGACAAAGUCAUGAAGAAGGAAGAUAUAAAAUUCAAUUUGCUCGUCUUAUGCUUUAA